GCUCGGCAUCUUUGGCGGAUCUAACCUGGGAAAAAUCGCGGGCUUCCGUCACACUAGUGAACAAAGAUUGCUUCCUCUGGGCGGGUUCUUCAUCGCUCUUCUCUUUCUUGGCUGAAACCACGAAAGAUUUCUUGAGGCUUCUUCUGCUGGGAACGCCGCUACAAGUUGAGAGCUUGUGUGCACACCCAGUGUUUGUGAAAAUGCCAUUCUGUGGAGGUGUCAAGAUUCAUGAUGAAGCUAGAAAGUUUGCAUAUCAGACUGGUGUCAAUGUGGUUGUUGCCUAUGGUGGAGCACCCAUAAAUCAACAGCUUCGAGAGCUUGAGAGGGGCGUGCAUAUACUUGUUGCCACUCCUGGGCGGUUAGUUGAUUUAUUGGAGAGGGCAAGAGUCUCAUUGGAGAUGAUUAGAUAUCUGGCCUUGGAUGAAGUAGAUCGAAUGUUAGACAUCGGUUUUGAACCUCAGAUAAGGAAAAUUGUGCAACAGACAGACAUGCCUCCACCAGGCAUAAGGCAGACAAUGUUGUUCAGUGCUACCUUCCCGAAAGAGAUUCAGGUUUGUUAUGCUCAUUGAGUCGUGCUUUUUUCUUAUAGGUC